AUGGACGUACCAUUUAUUAGAAUGUUGGUUAAACGGAGUCGAACGAAACGAGAUGUGCCUUGAAUCUAUUAAUUGCUCAAGUGACGUCAUUGCUUCAUCCCAGACAUGGGGUUCAGAUUAUAUUAAUGACGUAACGACACAACCAGAUUCAUAUAAAAAGGUUUCACCGUCGGUAUAUGCAAAUGAUGAGAAUAUACCCGAAUCUUGUUGUUGCCUAGCAACAUUCGGAGAACAACCUGGAUCCGUUGAGUCUGAAUUUAGAGAAUUUGAAGAGAUGGAGACGAAUGAACGCCGACCAUGCCCGUAUUGUGGUAAAGAAGAGAACACGGCGACUACGAUUACCCCUGCACAACAAAGUUGUGAAUCAGAAAGAAGCGAGUUGUGGGAUGAAAGUACCUGGAAAUGGAUGAAACAAGGAAUUGGAUGAUUUUUAGUUGUAUAAUAAAUCCGAGUUUACGGCGAUUAUACUAAAGACACAGUAUUUACAAUUAACAGCCUGUAAUUUUGUAUAUGAGAAAUAAAUUUGUGUAUUCUGAAUUGAAAAUAUAA